AUGAAGGACGAUGCCGCUGGUCCGGAGGCCUCGGCCGGCGAUAAGCAGCCUGCCAUGGAGGCCCUCGGCCAGGCAUCGACGCAUCCGACAGUGUCCGAGAUGGACACGCUUGAUCGCAAGUCGACCAAUCUCGACGACCCCGCCGAUGCCGUGACGACCGCAGGACCCGUUGAUGGCGCCGGUGUCUUGGAAGACGUCGAACCAGCAACCCGUGUCUGCAGUGGCACGCCUUAUAGCGCCUUCACACGGGGAACCAAAGUCUGGAUUACCGUCAUGGUCACCAUCUCCAGCGUCGUGUCCCCCAUGACGGCAAACGUCUACUACCCUGCCCUCAACGCUGUCGCAAGCGACCUAGGCGUCUCCAUCUCACUCAUCAACUUGACCCUGACGACGUACAUGGUCUUCCAAGGCUUGUCGCCCACCAUCUUUGGCGACUUUGGCGACAUGGCUGGCCGUCGCCCGGCCUUCAUCGUGGCCUUCAGCAUCUACCUUUGCGCAAACAUCGGCCUUGCGCUGCAGCGCAACUACGCUGCGCUCAUGGUGCUCCGGUGUUUGCAAUCCGCUGGCAGCAGCGGCACUCUUGCCCUGGGCUUUGCCGUCAUGGCAGACAUAUCGCCAACCGACGAAAGGGGCAGAUAUAUGGGCUUCGUCAAUGCCGGCAUCAACUUUGGACCGACCAUUGGGCCAGUCCUCGGUGGCAUCUUGAUCCAAUUCCUUGGAUGGCGCUCGGUGUUCUGGUUCUGCGCCAUCUUUGUAUUUGUCUGGCUGAUACCCUGGAUUCUCGCUGUCCCUGAAACCUGCCGCGCCGUGGUCGGCAACGGCUCCAUUCCCCCGCCAAAGUGGAACAUGACGUUGGUCGACUUCAUUCGAUGGCGCGGAGUCCACCAACGGCCGGCAUCGGCACCCAAGGUCAAGAUCCGGAUGCCUAAUCCCUUGCGCACACUGUACAUCGUCUUCAGGAAGGAGGAAGGCCUGAUACUUUUCGUGUCGGCCAUCAUCUACGUCAACUUUAUCCUUGUGUCGGCCACGUUGGCGACGCUGUUCAAGGAGAUUUACAAGUUUGACGAACUGGAAGUCGGUUUAUGCUACCUGCCGUAUGGAAUUGGCUGCUGCUUGUCCAGCCUCGUCUCGGGCUACAUCGUCGACUGGAACUAUCGGCGUGUCGCGAAGAAGCUCGGACUGCCCAUACGCCGCAGGAAAGGAGACGACCUGAGCAAAUUUCCGAUCGAGCAUGCCCGCAUUCAGAUCGUGUAUCCGGCAUUGGCGGUCGGCGCUGCAUGUCUCAUUGGCUGGGGCUGGGCAUUGGAGGCCGAAAUAAGCGUUGCGGUGCCACUAGUCCUGGCCUUCUUCAUCGGAUGCCUGGUACCGCCGUCCUUCAGCGUGCUCAACACGCUGAUUGUUGACCUCAAUCCGGAAGCCCCGGCGACCGCGGCGGCAGCAAACAAUCUCGUGCGCUGCUCUUUUGGCGCAGUGGCGACGGCCGUGAUCAACUACAUGCUCGACGCUAUGGGCCGCGGGUGGUGCUUCACGUUCCUGGCCAUCGUCAUGCUGCUCUGCUUCGCCGGGCUGAGGGUGCUCGAAAACUACGGGCCACGCUGGAGGGCGGAGAGAGCGAAGAAAGUUGGCCGGGAAGACACUCAGGAGAAGUGA